AUGACAAGUGUAUGGCGUCGUAUACAACAAUCCGGUAAGAAGUCGGCCAAGUAUCGUUUCACAAUAACACCACAGGAACUGCUGAUCGUUGGCUCGGCGAAAUGGCAACCACAGAGUGUUCUGUUGGCUUGCAUGCAUCGUCGUGUUCGCAAAUGGGAGGGCAGCAUGACGGAUCCAUGCCGUGGUUUGAUUGUGUGGCCAAUCCAGACACCGGAUCCGUUGCAUUUCGAUACCACAUUGUACUGCGAGGACAAUUCGUCACAUCAUUACAGCGAUAAGGAAUGGACACUGGUUGUGGAGGAGUGCACGCGCAAGGGUAAACGUCGAGCCAUCGCUGCCGUCAGCCUGAAUAUGCCUCUUUUUGUGCAGCUAAAAUUGAAAUUGCGACCGUUGUGGCCAGAGCUGUCGCAGUGUUCAAUGCAAAUUUUAAUAUCAUCAAUGCUCAUCAGUGAGGAUGAAGCAAAUGAGUUUGAUGCGAAAAGCGAGGCGUCGAGUGUUGGGCAAAGAGCAACGAGCAUCGCCGGAGACGUAGCAGAAAUAGAUCAGCGUGGCGACACUGCCAAAACAGGCAAUGUAGUUGUGACGAGUUAUUCGGUAAAUUUGAAUGAAGUUGGAAGGCGAAAAACAAGUGCAGAAGAAAAACCGGUCGAAUUAGCGUCGAAAAUGGAUGAUGCUAUGAGAAACAAUGGAAUGCUGAAUUUACGCGAAAAAUUCUUUGAUGAACUGUAUUGCGCAACUGCCGAAGAUGACACAAAGAUUAAAGAAAAAAAGCCCGUGCCACCUGUAGAAGUGAAACAAAUCGAAGCAGAGAACGGUGGAACGUUAAUUGGAUCCCAUGCAGCCGUCACUGAUAUAGCACCUCAACAGCUCUCAAAUGCAAAAGAAGCUACAAAAGUCGAUGUUGCCGACGCAGCCUUUCAGAAAAAGGCGUCUGAAGUCCCGGAAUUGAGUGUGGAAGAAAGAACGAAGGCACUGCCUGCUGUUGUUGAAGGCGAAGAUCUUCUCACUUGGUGCCAAAGGGUUACCAAGGAAUAUCCUUCGGUCAAAAUAACAGAUUUCACCAAAAGUUUUCGCUCGGGUCUUGCUUUCUGUGCAAUUAUUCAUCGUUACCGGCCCGAUUUAAUCGGUCCAUUCGCGAGGCUGGAUUUCACGGAUUCCCACUGCAAUCGCCGUGAGAACUGUCGUAAGGCGUUUGAUGCAGCUACUCUAAUUGGAGUUGAAAAGAAAUUGGAUCCUGGCAUGACCGUAACCUUACCUGAUCGCAAUGAAAUUCGCAAUUUUUUAUCUGAACUGCGUAUGCGACUAGUCGAUAUUCCAGCAGUUAAGCGCGAAAUGAGUGUCAAGGAAUCCGAUCAUCGAAUAUCUGCUCUUUUCAAUCUCUCUGAAUCCGAAACCAGUGUAAUGAAGGAGCUCGAAAGCCUUCGUAGACAGCGUGAACGAGAAGAAGCGAUCGACCUCACCAAUAUUCCUGAUGAAGAUCGAACAAAAUUCAGUGCCGUUGUGCCUGGUUUUGAAAAAGCAGUAAGUGAUGAAGCUAAAAAAGCAGAGAGAAGGAUGCGGAAGCUUGCCAAUCCAUUUGCCUCGGAUUCGGACGACGAAGAUAAUGCAGGAAAGUGUACGGCUCACAUCUCAGUAGCGCCUCCACCGAGUUCCCCUGUUGUGACUGCUGGUACAGCUGGUGAUGGUGCAGUUUCAAUCUCGCCGAUGGUCGCUGCUCGCCACGAAGAGUUGAUGAAGAAACGCCAACAGAUCGUUGCCGUUUCACCUCUCAGUGACACUUCACCGUUGAACACUGCUGAACGUGGCAGGCGGCAUCGCGAAGAAGCGCGACGUCUGAUGAAUGAUGCGGCUCUGGAUGGCGCCACAUUGCUGCUUGGAGGAAGCAGUGCACCAGGCACAACACAUCAUUCUCCAGCAGGUUUGAUUCCCAGCAUUUUGUCUGAGAGGGAGUUAAAUUUAGCGAAUUCCCUCAAGUGA